AUCUUUGCUCGGGUCCCCCUAGGCUCAUUUUCUUUAAUCAUAAUUCGGUUUGUGGAAGAGAAAUACAGGGAUACAUGACAGAAGAAGAGAGGAGAGGAGAGCGGAGGAGCACCCAUCACUCCAACCCCCACCUCCUGUGACCCACAGCCAAAGAGAAAAGGGUUUCACACAAACACAACACGGAUAGGAAGCAGUACACACAAGCUGCAAGUCAUUAGUUCUUGGUGGCCAAUCAUUGACAAAAGACUGGAGGUAGGAGAUUGGAUGAGAGGAGUAACCGAGGGGGACUUAACUCGAUUAGUUUAUUCUUUUUGGUAGCAUGGGGGACACUGUUACGCAAAAACGGAACGGGAAACGCGGAUAGGGAACAUCGUCUGUUGGAAGUCUGAAUCCUGCACUGUCUUUGACUGCAGCUGUGUCAACGGCUGUUCCGUUGAAGCAUCACUCUGCAAAAGUGUUGUCUGCUGUUCAUGUAUAACUGAUUUAGCGUACGUUGGCUUCGAUGUGGGUCAAAAUGUCGCUGAUAGGAUUACAGCAGAGCAGGCAAAAUCCUGUUGCCUCAUUUUCGCUGGACCAAAGGAAGCUCUAAGAGACGGCUUUAUUUUUCUGCGGGAGGCGCCGCCGUACUUGAAUGCAGCACGGACAACACACUUAAUCGAAGUGUUCGCUGUCAGGUUUCCUGGCCGAAGGCGUCUGGUCGGAGAACGUCUCAGAGGAAGAACGAAGAGGACAAAAAAUAGAACAGGACAAAAGAGAGGAAGGGAGACACUUAAAAUAAUCCCCAAACUAAAAGUUUGUAAAGUGGAGACUGUUUCCAGGUCAUAGUGAAGUGGGAGGAGACUGGGUUGGUCUUGUGUUUUUUGCCACGGCCAGUUUUCCUCCUCAUUGACAUCUGCGAGUUCAGUCCAAGGAUUGUGGUUGUAAUUUUUUUUUUUUUUAGUAUAAAUUGAGACUUUAUUAACCACGGAGGACAUUAAAGGGUGAACAACAUCGCGUGUCCGCUUCCCCUACACACGGGACUUUUCAUAUUUAUGUUACUUUGACAGCAACCACAGAGCUUGGCUGCCUGUCCCAUUUUCCUCUGCGGUGGUUCGCUAACCAAGCGAUGGCCAUGGUGAGUGGGGGCUGGGGAGAUCCCAAUGGGGGCACCAACGGGCUGGGGGACAAGGGCUACCUGAAGGGGGAGGAGGAGGACGGCUCUCCCCAGGCUGGAGGCAGCGACAUGGAGGCCGGGGACGAAGAUAAGGCGUGCGUGGUGGACUGCGUGGUGUGCGGGGACAAGUCCAGCGGGAAACACUACGGCGUGUUCACCUGCGAGGGCUGCAAGAGCUUCUUCAAGAGGAGUGUCCGACGCAACCUGAGCUACACUUGCAGGUCCAACAGAGAAUGCCAGAUUGACCAGCACCACAGAAACCAAUGUCAAUACUGUCGUCUGAAGAAGUGUUUCCGCGUUGGUAUGCGUAAAGAAGUCCAACGCGGUCGCAUCCCCCCUCAGCCAAGCCUCAGCCCCUCCAUUACUCCAAUUGGUGGCGCUGGUGGCCUCGGAGGGGAGUUUUACAACAAUGGAGGAAGUGGCGGUCAGCCUGUGUCUGAGCUCAUUUCUCAGCUUCUGCGAGCAGAGCCAUAUCCUAGUGGCCGGUACGGGCACCAGUACAACCAACAGUCUGGUCCAGAUAAUGCCAUGGGCAUAGAUAACAUCUGUGAACUGGCUGCACGCCUGCUCUUCAGCAUUGUGGAAUGGGCCAGAACCAUCCCAUAUUUCCCUGAGCUGCCUGUUUCAGACCAGGUGGCAUUGCUGAGGCUGAGCUGGAGCGAGCUGUUCAUCCUCAAUGCAGCCCAGUCUGCCCUUCCUCUUCACAUGGCACCGUUGUUGGCUGCAGCUGGCUUCCACUCCUCCCCCAUGUCUGCAGAGCGUGUGGUUUCCUUCAUGGACCAAGUCAGGGUUUUCCAGGACCAGGUGGACAAACUGACCAGGCUGCAGGUGGACUCGGCUGAGUACAGCUGUCUCAAGGCGAUUGCGCUCUUCUCACCAGAUGCCUGUGGUCUCACAGAUCCAGUCCACGUGGAGUCUUUGCAGGAGAAGGCUCAGGUGGCGCUGACUGAGUACGAGAGGAUGCAGUACCCCACUCAACCACAGCGCUUUGGCCGCUUGCUCUUGCGCCUCCCUGCCCUGCGUGCAGUCCCCGCCAACCUCAUCUCUCAGCUCUUUUUCAUGCGGCUGGUAGGAAAGACACCCAUUGAGACGCUGAUCCGUGACAUGCAGCUCUCCGGAAGCUCCAUCAGCUGGCCGUAUGUCCCGGGACAGUAGCAUACCAUGUCCAAAUGGACUAGGUUUCCAUGUGGGAUUAGUGACGACAGGGACUCACAGGAAACCUCCUGACUCACCACGGUCCAUCUGUGUUGUUACCAAACUGCAGUAGCGAUUGGCUGUCGUAUGUUCUCUGCUGUAAGCGCUCUACUCUGUCUCCUGAUAAGAAAAAGAAGCAUGGUGUUGGGUGGACUGUCGUGUUGCCAGCAACAUUGUUCUGAUGCCAGGUCUUAAGGUUGGAGAACAGUACUUCAUACUGGGCUCUGAUACGGGCACCACAGGCAGAUGUCACAGCUUACAUGCUGUAGUGACUAGAGAUGGCACAGCUUCUGCUACAAAUACAUCCAGAUUAGAAAGCUGUCCUGUCACUCAAAACCUGGGAGAGUUCUUUUUUUCCUCCCUGGACACAAUUCUCCAUGACUCAGCAUUUGUGACACUAUAUCACACAACCAACAACAUUUUGACCAUGCCUAUAAGAACGAGCUGUGCAGCGUGAACUGAAUAUAACGACAGUGAGGGCCUCUUUGUAGGAAAAGACAAUUUUGACUUUUACUGCUCUUACCUCAACAGUGGAGGACGACGCCAAUGAACUGCUCUAAAGGAAAAAAGAAAGAAAAAAACAAGAAAAUCUCACCAAAGUCUGUCACUUCAUCUUCUGAUGACUUCUUUAAAACACAGUUAGUACCUGACGUAGAAGAAAGGAGUCGAGUCAACAACACUUAUAGUUUCACUAACAGUUCACUGACACUCGACUCUAAGAUUUCUAAGAAGUGAAAAAGCCAGGGUGACGUAUACCUCACGACAUCAGAAUGCUUUAAUCUGAUAAUUCCUAAACGCAAACCUCUGUACAUGUCCUUCACCAGAAACCGCCUUUUUCAACUGCCUUUGUGCUCGCUAUAAAUUUCAUAAAAUCUAAAUGAAUGGUCAACUGUGUCUUGUGAGUGUUGAAAACAUUCAUCUGGUUUGGGUUUUUUUGGGGGGGGUAUCAGUUUUUGUUUAAUUUUGAUUGACGGACUAUGGGGAAGAUUAAGAUAAAGGAAAAAAAGUUGUUUGAGUCGGCGUUUUUGUAAAAUGUCAUCUUUACAGUAAUGAGCAAAUUUGGUCAGUGAUUAGUUUUUUUUGACAGCAGCCUCUGCUCAAACAUCCUCUGAAAAAUGCAUUGUGUGUAUAUAUAUAAAUAUAUAAAUAUUAAACAGUCAACCGUUUGUCCUUUGCAUGUGAAAAUGUUGCUAAGUUUCCUUCUUUCACAUUAAGUAAUGGUUCUUUUUAAAGUGAUUCCUCUCUGUUAUUUCCUAAACCUUUUUUUCUAUCUGUAUUUCUAUGGAAAAAAUACCUCUGUCAUCUGUUUAAGAUGUGCAAACACAAGCUGAUCUUCGUGCUUUUGCUGCAGCUGUGACGUAGAGAUGUCUCUACUCUAGUAAGUGAUUUUACACCACAUUUUAGUAAAUGAAAAUGCACUUGGAUGAAAUUCAACCACACCAAAAUUAGUUCGUGUUCGUGAUCAAAGACUCAGAGGCUCCUGGUUUCCCUACCUCCAGGGAUUCACCUCAAAUGGCAAGUCCACAAAAUUCACAGAUCAAGUUGGUUUCCACAAAAAUCAACUCUAAACACAAAUGCAUUUCAACAUUUACAUUUGAAAAAAUCUGCUUUGUCUGCCGCCGGCCUAUUGGGAAUUUCUUCUCUAUGACAAACGCUCACCAAAUAUGGAGAAGAGGAAAAAAAUAUAUACUCUUGUUGUUUUCUUUGUGUUACUGAUUUCAUGUUUAUGGAAAUGUAUGAGAAAAAAGUUCUAAAGUCA